AGGAUUUUGAGCAAAUAACAGGCUUUUGCAAGAAAUCCAAUGUAUUGUGCUGUUUGUACACAUUGUUUUGAGAAUGCACUUACUGAUUUGUAAAUCUUAAGGAUGGUUCGAGAAAAAUGCUCCAAAGCAACUGAGGAAAACUGUAAUAGGAAACGGUCAAAGAAAAGUGGAAAAGUAAACAAAAAUAAAUAGAUAGUAUUUGAAUGUCUAAGAUAUUGUUUGUUUGUUUGUUUGUAACACUAUGAUACAAAUGAUAUGAAAAAAUCGAACAUCUGAAACAACCGAAUAAAUAAAACCCAUAAAAUUGUCUCCACUUUCACUGUAAACUACAUUUCCCGUCGUCCUUUUUACCCGUCAUGCUCCGCGCGUGUUGCCAUAGCGUCUCACUGAAGUAUCAAGAUGGCGGCGCACAGUCCGGCUCGGAUCUUCGCUUCUCUCGUUCCAGCCACCAGCGAUGUUAGUGUCGGUGUGAAGGAGCUGGAGAUGAAGCGGGGUGUGAAGGCGGGGUGUAGUCGAUGUGCCGGUCUCGGGAGGCAGGUGGAGGUGACGGGUAACGCUGAGGUGUGUGUUCCUCCUGACCGGGCUGCUGUUAGUGUCUCUGUGUCUAACAGGAAGGAAAGCGCUAAAGACGCCGCUAACAGCGUGCAGCGCAGACUGGACUACAUCCUGCACACCGGCCGCCAGCACGGACUCAGGGAGGAGGACAUGACUGUGAUGAAACACUUGCAGAGAGAAGAAGCGUUGUACUGCAUGCAGGCUGAGGUGAGCAUGGUGUUUUCAGACUUUGUGAAGAUGCAGGCUGUUCGCUCGGUGCUGAUUGAAAAGCUGGACAGAAGCGUGUGUGUUGGGGAUCCACGUUUCUCCCACAGUUCAGAAAGCCUCAGUGUGUUACGGAGACGCGUGUGUGCAGACGCUGUGAAAAAUGCUCGCCUUAAAGCACACGAGGUGUGUAACCUGCUAGGACAGGCUUUAGGACGGCCCUUAGUGGUACGGGAGGAGGAAUCUCGGGAGUGGAGGUCCGGGCACGAGGGCGUGGCCAGUACUCCAAGUACUUUACAGGAGAAGUUGGAACAGAUGUCAAUCUCUGCGUCGUCACACGUGUUUGUAACAUUUGAGCUGAGACCUAAGAACAGUAUGAGGAAGAGGUGAUGGACACUGGCAACUGUAUACACAAACCUGCUGACAGUAUGAUUUAAUAGAUUAAACUUCUGUGAGGUUGAUUCAACUUCCAUCUUCAGAUACGAUUGGUAACUUCUUAAGCUCACACAUUCAUUCAAAAACAAAAACUCUCCUGAGCGAAAACAACAUAGCUCCUCAUUUACAUCUCAGGAAAUGUGGCUAUAAUUUAAAUAAGGAAUGAAGCACUACGGGGGGCACGGUGGCUUAGUGGUUAACACGUUCGCCUCACACCUCCAGGGUUGGGGGUUCGAUUCCCACCUUGUGUGUGUGGAGUUUGCAUGUUCUCCCCGUGCCUCGGGGGUUUCCUCCAGGUUCCCACGGUUUCCUCCCCCGGUCCAAAGACAUGCAUGGUAGGUUGAUUGGCAUCUCUGGAAAAUUGUCCGUAGUGUGUGUUUGCGUGAGUGAAUGAGUGUGUGUGUGUGCCCUGUGAUGGGUUGGCACUCCGUCCAGGGUGUAUCCUGCCUUGAUGCCCAAUGAGAUAGGCACAGGCUCCCCGUGACCCGAGGUAGUUCGGAUAAGCGGUAGAUGAGUGAGUGAAUGAAUGAAGCACUACGUGAUGUGUGGUUAUGAGAAAAUGGUACUGUGAUGUGGCCCGAGGUACGAUUUUUUCCUGUACCAGCAUCUUCCACUGUGUUUGUUCUCUUUUACAGCAACAAUUUGUGAUUAAAAAAAAAAUCUAUAUAAGAAUGAUGUAUUUUAUGUAGUUUGUACAGCAGUUAUAUUUAAUGCUGUAGAUCAUGUAGGACAAAACAAGAUCCUGUUAUUACUGCUACCGUGUUAUAGCAGUUAUAAACAUCCUUUCUCUUA